AUGAAUAAGGCCCAACCUCUAGACUGUAGGUAUCUGGCCGAGAACAACUCCUCUCUGGCAUAUAAUGUUGAGAUCCCAGAGAGAAAUGUGGAAGCUUCGCGCCCCUUUGAUGCGGAGGAAGUUGAUGCGGGGGCCCUUGUUCGCAGGGGUAGACACUCCAGCGUUGGUGAUGUCACUGGCACCCGUGAAGAAGAUAUCCAAGUCGUGGAUAUUACUGAUGAGGAGAGGCAGGAGGGCCUAAAAAAGGUUGGCAAGUUCUCAGAGCCAGCGAGGAGGUCUGCUGGUGGUGUGAAGAUUCUCCCUCCUACUGGGGACAAGGGCAAAGGGCCAGCGAAGAAGUCAGCUGGUAGUUCCAAGGCUCUCCCCUCUGCCGGUGGAAAGGGUAAGGGCAAAGCUGUGGUGCCCUCGGCUGACGAACCAGAGGAUCUUGUUCCUGGGCCGAUUUCGAGUCUGACGGGGCAGAAAUUAAUUGAUGCUUUGAUAGCUCGUGUCCAUUCUCAGGAUCAGGAAAAGAUGGAGGCGCUGACGCGCGGGGCUUUGGCUACUAAGUUGUGCCAGCUGGCUCUUCAGAUGGAAUCCGGGAUCUGGGGAGCUGUCAAGUGUAUUCAUGAUUAUGAUGUGUCUGAAAAAGAGAGAGAGAAAGAGCAAGCGGACGUCGCUAAACGCGAUGAUGAUGUUGCUGGAGUUGUGGAGCGCCUAAGCAAGGCUGAAGCGGAGGUUAUUGAGUUGAAAGCUAAAUUAGCUCAGAUGGAGGUGGAGAAGGCGUCCUUGGCCUCCGAAUUGUCGAGGGCCACAAAAGAGGGCCAUGAAUGCCUGGCCAGGUUUAAAGCUGGUUAUGAAAGAGACUACGAAGAAGCCAGGCGGGGCUGGAAAAGGAUACUUGUGGAAGCUCAGAACCGUGCGUACGUCCUGGGGGCUCGAGAUCAACGCCUGGAGUACUUCUUGUCUCCACGAGGCCAACACUUCCUGGGGAUGAUGCUGGAAGGCACUCUGGAGUCUUUCAAAAAGACUCCCGAAUACUUGGAAGAUUUCGGACCUCUUUUUGCUUAUGAAGCUGCCAAGUUGUUGGAUUUGGGAGUGCGUCUUCCCCAACCGGUGGAGACUGGUCCGUUGCCCGUGUUCACAGAGAAGACCGUUUCUGGCCAUGCCUCUGCAAGUGGUGCCCCUUCCCCAAUUCCAUCUGCUUCUGCCCCUGUCUCCUCUGCUGUUGCCCCAGCUGUCUCUGUUCCUCCCUCUUGA